UCAGUCAGAGGAGCAGAAGCAGCAGUGAGCAAUACAAACGGAAAACACAUUAGUUGAUGUUGUCAGUGAAGUCACAGCAGUUUUCACACAGGUGUCAGAGGAUACAGUGUCUGAAACUCAAGAGUGGCUGCAGUCCAGUGAGGUCAAACAUUACAUGAGUACCUAGUGGAAAUGAAUCCAACACUCCUGACAGAAUCGGAGGAAGGAAGAAGAGGAAAACGUUGGUCUGGACACAGUCAGCAGCAGGCGUUUAACAGCUGACUCUGAGCCAAACAACAACAAGAAGAAAGAGCAAACACAUGCUAGCUAUUUUUCUCACAACAGCCAUGGGUGGUCGUCUUUAAAGAGGAAUUAGGAUUCUCCCCGGAGGAUCUCCUAAAUGAUCCGAGAAGGACAUGAAAGUGGAUCCACUGCAGAGGCUCAAGGAAUAGACUCAUCCCAGGAAAAGCAAGUGGAUCAACUCCUACUCUGAUUUUAAGGCGCCUGCACUCGGCCUAGAAUGCCUGAGCGAGUGAGUGACUUCCAGGGUCAGAGCUUUCACAAGCUGAGGCGAGCCUGCCUGCGUCGAGGUGCGCUCUUUAAAGACCCCCUCUUCCCCACAACUGCCCAGUCCCUCUUUUACAAACGGGAGCCUCCGCCUGGACUGACCUGGAAGAGGCCGAGGGAAAUAUGCAAAGAUCCUCGUCUUUUUGUCGAUGGCAUCAGCACUCGUGACCUGCACCAAGGCAGUCUGGGUAACUGCUGGAUGGUGGCUGCCAUUUCCUGCCUAGCAUCUGAGCCAUCUCUGUGGAAGAAGGUCAUCCCUGAUCAUGAAGAUCAGGAGUGGAACCCAAAGCGCCUUGACUUAUAUGCGGGAAUAUUCCAUUUCCGGUUCUGGCGCUUUGGCCGCUGGGUGGACGUGGUUGUGGACGACUGUCUGCCAGUCAGUGGGGAUGGGGUGCUGCUCUUCUGUCGCUCAGCUACACCACGAGAGUUUUGGAGCGCCCUGCUGGAGAAGGCCUACGCUAAACUCAACGGGUGCUAUGAGGCCCUGGAGGGAGGAAACACUGCAGAGGCCCUGAUCGACUUCACUGGGGGAGUUUCAGAGCCCCUCAGUCUGGAUCGCGAGGCCCUCGUCCUGCACAGUGACCACAGGAGGACGUUCUUCCAGACGUUAGCCAAGGCCCAUGAAUGCAAAUCCCUCAUUACUUGCUCCAUACGGCCAGCAGAGGGAGAGACAGUGGAGUCCGUGUUGGACUGUGGCCUAGUGCGAGGACACGCUUACGGGAUCACAGCAGUGAAGAGGCUGAGGUUGGGGGACAAGAAGACGGGUCGAGUGUCCAGACUCUUCAUGGUGCGAAUGAGGAACCCAUGGGGGACCACAGACUGGACGGGUGCCUGGAGUCAGAGGUCACAGGAGUGGCAACAGAUGAGUCGCGCAGACAGAGAGAAGAUGGGCCUCAAUGUUCGAGAUGUUGGGGAGUUCUGGAUGGAUUUCGAGGAUUUCUGUCACUACUUCACAGAUGUGGUGGUGUGCAGGCUGGUGGAGAGAGCUCUGCUGUGGCCACACUCUCACUGGAGAGAAGAGCGCUGCCAUGGGGAGUGGGCUCCGGCUCCCACCACACCUGGGUCACCUCCAUCCGUCGUCCUCCACAGCAACUAUGCUCUGACCUUAGGUAAAACCAACAUAAAACCCGGGGGGACUGAGCAGCGGGGGAACCGCAAGGAGGCCCGGCUCGGUGAGAGUCAGCCGCAGAAGAGAGGACGGUGUGAGCAGGGUAAAACGGUGAAAAAAGUGGUGAAAGAUGAUGGUGGAGAGAGGAACGGAGGAUGGGAGGCACAGACGGAUAAGAGGAGUCGAUGUGGAGGAUGCAUUAACCACAGAGAGACUUUCCUGCACAAUCCACAGUUCAUGUUUGAGGUCAGAGACAAAGAGGAGGAGGUGCUCAUGUGUCUGCAGCAGGAGGACAGGAGGAUACAGAGGAAAGAUGGAGGAGGGGAGAACCUGCCUAUUGGCUUCGAGGUGCUGAAGGUGGAGGUGAACCGCUGCAGCCGGGUGCAGUGCGUGGUGGAGCAGGCGGCCAGCUCCGUCUACAUGGACUCCCGCAGUGUCACGCUGAGGGCAACUGUGGCUACAGGCCGCUACGUCGUGCUGCCCACCACCUUCUUGCCGGGCGCAACGGGUCGCUUCCUGUUACAACUCUUCUCCCAUUCUCGUGUCAGACUCAGGGAAUUGAGGGAGGAUUUGCCGUCUUCCUCUAUGUUCCAUUGUUUUCUACCUCAACCUACAGUGGUGACCACAGUCCACCUCCGCAGGGCGUCAAGACUCAGUCCUCCCAAAGAGACAGCUCCAGAUGUUUAUGCCAUUGUGCGGUGUGAGAAUGACACCAUCAGGACGCGAGUGUUUAAGGCCGAGGGAAACCCAGAGUUCAACUUCAGAGUCAUCUUCUACAGGAGAUACCCCGAGGCGCACAUCUCUGUCGAGUUAUGGAGCAGAGGUUUACUGUGGGACACCGUCCUCGGCACGGCUCGACUCCAGACAGUGGAGUCUGAGAGGACUCGCAGCCACGUGAUUGACCUGCGAUUGACCAGCCAGUCCGGCUCUCGACACAGAGGCUGCGUUCACGUUGAGACGUCCUCCAGUCCCUGCCUCACAGAUUUGUGACAGCAUCCUUGGUAACUACAUCAAUCCAUGGCAACCACUCUCCUCCCUGCUGCCAAACUUACUUUAGUUGUUUGUUUUUUUAAAUAAUAUUCAU